UUCCGCUUCUCUCCCCCUACCUUGUGCGGUGCGAGAGAGAGCGCGUGUGCCACAGAGCCUCGGCACACUCAUCUUAUAUAAAAAAUCAAAAAUACAAAAAAAAUCACAAAACAAGAAAAAAAUACAAACAAAAAAUCUACUUUUAUUGCCGAGUACCUCGGUGAAGCAGGAUCAGCGGACAGAUUUGAGAAGUUUAUUAUUAAGGCAGCACCGCAGUAGGCCUGAGGAGAUUUUAAUCAUCUUAUCAUCGGCACCGCGAACACGUCGACGCCAAUUCGUUACCAAACGCGUUUUAAUUAGUCUUCAAUACUGUUCUUUAAGGGUAUUUAUCGUGUUAAGGCGUUUUCGAAAGGUAAAUUAAACCGAGUAACGUUAGUUUGGAGCUCGUGCGUCGCCAUUACUAAACUCGUCAGUUUUUCCAGGUGUUGCGGUAGAUCGCUGUUUUGUCGUACGGAAGAAAGAUGAACCCUAGCGCUCCAAGUUACCCGAUGGCCUCCCUGUAUGUGGGGGAUUUGCACCAGGAUGUCACCGAGGCCAUGCUUUACGAGAAGUUCAGCCCUGCCGGGCCCAUUCUGUCCAUUCGGGUGUGCAGGGACAUGAUGACCCGCCGCUCUCUCGGUUACGCCUACGUCAACUUCCAGCAACCCGCUGACGCUGAGCGUGCCUUGGACACAAUGAACUUUGACGUGAUUAAGGGACGACCCGUCCGCAUCAUGUGGUCCCAGCGAGACCCCUCACUGCGCAAGAGUGGUGUUGGCAACAUCUUCAUCAAGAACUUGGACAAGUCCAUCGACAACAAGGCCCUUUACGACACAUUCUCUGCCUUCGGAAACAUCCUGUCCUGCAAGGUGGUUUGCGAUGAGAACGGCUCUAAAGGAUACGGCUUUGUGCACUUUGAGACCCAUGAGGCCGCAGAAAGAGCCAUUGAGAAAAUGAACGGCAUGUUGCUCAAUGACCGCAAAGUGUUUGUCGGUCGCUUCAAGUCUCGCAAGGAGCGCGAGGCUGAGAUGGGCGCCCGUGCCAAAGAGUUCACCAAUGUUUACAUCAAGAACUUCGGAGAGGAUAUGGAUGAUGAGAAGCUGAGGGAGAUAUUCAACAAAUAUGGUCCAGCACUGAGCAUUCGCGUCAUGACCGAUGAGAGCGGCAAAUCUAAGGGCUUUGGCUUUGUCAGCUUUGAGAGGCACGAGGAUGCCCAGAGAGCUGUGGAUGAGAUGAAUGGGAAAGAGAUGAACGGAAAGCAGGUUUACGUGGGUCGUGCGCAGAAGAAGGGUGAACGUCAGACUGAGCUCAAGCGCAAGUUUGAGCAAAUGAAGCAGGACCGCAUGACUCGCUACCAGGGAGUAAAUCUCUACGUGAAAAAUCUUGAUGACGGCUUGGAUGACGAACGCCUGCGUAAAGAAUUCGCACCAUUCGGCACCAUUACCAGUGCUAAGGUGAUGAUGGAAGGUGGCCGCAGUAAGGGUUUUGGAUUCGUCUGCUUCUCUUCCCCUGAAGAAGCCACUAAGGCCGUGACUGAAAUGAACGGCCGUAUCGUCGCCACCAAGCCCUUGUACGUCGCGCUGGCCCAGCGGAAAGAAGAGCGCCAGGCUCACCUCACCAGCCAAUACAUGCAGAGGAUGGCCAGUGUCAGAGCCGUACCGAACCCCGUCAUCAACCCCUACCAGCCCGCACCACCAUCUGGAUACUUCAUGGCAGCCAUUCCACAGGCUCAGAAUCGUGCUGCGUACUAUCCCACCAGUCAGCUCGCACAGCUCCGCCCCAGUCCUCGCUGGGCCACUCAGGGUGUCCGGCCACAGCAUUUCCAGAAUAUGCCUAAUGCCAUCAGGCAAUCUGCACCCCGUCCACAAACCUUCGGUGCCGUGCGUCCCACCUCCCAGGUCCCUCGAAUGAUCCCCUCACAGCGCAUGGCGUCUCAAGCGAUGGGACCUCGUCCUUCUGGUGCAGGUGCCGCUACUGGUACCGCUCAGGUGAGAGGAGUGCCACAGUACAAGUAUGCUCCUGGAGUCCGCAACCCGCAGCAGCACAUGCCCAACCAGCCGCAGGUUCCCAUGCAGCAGCCUGCGGUCCACGUUCAAGGUCAGGAGCCACUGACUGCGUCCAUGUUAGCUGCCGCCCCUCCACAAGAACAGAAGCAGAUGCUGGGUGAGCGCCUGUUCCCGCUCAUCCAGAACAUGCAUCCCAGUCUGGCUGGAAAGAUCACUGGUAUGCUUUUGGAGAUCGACAAUUCAGAGCUGCUCCACAUGCUGGAGUCGCCGGAGUCUCUGAGGUCAAAGGUGGAUGAAGCAGUAGCGGUGCUGCAGGCUCACCAGGCCAAGGAAGCCGCCCAGAAAUCAGUCCCCAGCACUGCUGUGCCGGCCGUCUAACGCAAGAAUGAACCUCUCUGGCCCUGACUUCACCAAGGACGCAUUAAAAAAAGAGAAUAAAUAUAGAAAAACCAGAAACUCAAAACAGAAAAAAACCCUACAGUGAUUACAUCCAAAUAUUUUGCCAGGUUGAGAGAGCUCUUGACCUUGAUUUAUUAUUAAAAAUGUCCAAAAAAACAGAAAACUUUUAAUUUUGAAAAUUCCAAAACAUUCCUUUCUUUUUAUUCCUCUUAAUUGAAUGCUCAUUGUCAAUUGUGUUCUUGCAGUUGAUAGCUGAACAUUUGGGAAAAGUACAUUGGAUUAAACUGCUUGAAUAAAUAAAACUUUAAACAUUUA